CAGCACACACACCGCACCCGAACGAAGAAAAACGGACAGCAGAAGAAACAACAGCCAGUGCACCAAUACCAACAACGCCAACCUACACCCUGCUCAUUCAUCAACGAACAGCAGCAUCGUCCACAUCACCCAUCCAUCCCUCUCCACUCCACGUCUCGCAACACCACGUCGUCGCUUCACCACCAGCCAUGGCGUCAGACCUUCCGUUCUACAAGACGGUGAUUGCGGGCGGCCUUGCUGGGGCCAUUGAGAUCUCCGUCAUGUACCCGACCGAUGUGGCCAAGACGCGGGCGCAGCUGUCAACGACAAGGACCACCAUGCUCAGGACCUUUGGCGAGAUCCUGCGCAGCGAAGGGCCUCUCGGGUUGUAUAGAGGUGUGCUCAGCCCCAUUAUGGCAGAGGCCCCAAAGCGGGCCACCAAGUUUGCGGCCAACGAGGAGUUCAAGCACCUUCUCAGCUCCGCAGAUGGCUCCCUGCCCAGCUAUCGUGCCUGUACGUUGGACAUGCGUGUGCAUGUGUGUGUGUGUGCAUUUGUGCGUUUGUGCAGUGUGUGCAUUUGUGCGUUUGUGUGUAACACGUGGGACUGUGUUCGGCAAAUGGUAGCAAAGGAGGGUGUCUUGUCUGUUUAUAAUGGCAUCUUCGCCCACAUUUGCCGCAACUCCGCGUGGAAUGGAACGUACUUUGCUGCCAUUGGCACCGUCCGAAACUGGUUUCCCUCCAAACCAGACGACUCCCACGCCAAGGUGUUGUCGAAGAAGUUUCUGUCUGGCCUCGUUGGCGGCAUGAUUGGCGUUGUGUUUGCCACCCCGUUUGAUGUUGUCAAGAGCAGGCUCCAGAACCAGCUGCCUGGGCAGGAGCGCAUCUACACGGGCGUGUUUUCGUCUCUCAAACGCAUUUUGGCGACGGAGGGCCUGUCCGCCCUGUACAAGGGCUUCUUCCCACGACUCGUCAGGCUGGGGCCUGGCGGCGGCAUCAUGAUUGUCGCGUUUGACUUCUUCUCGAACCUCCUGCGGCCGUUGUGACACAGCACCACGCACGUGUGCUGUGCUGUGAUGUGAUGUGACGCGGGCAGCGUGAUGUUUCGUCACUUGCCGUCGCUUUGCGCUGUACACCGUGUCGUGUCCUUUUCUUGCGUUCAGGUUCAGUCAGCUUCUUGUGCCAGUCUUUGUUUGCUUGUGCAUGUGUGAGUGUGCCUGUAAGGUGCAUUUGCUUUUCUCUCGAGCGAGCAGUGUUCUUUUUUGGUUUCGUCGUGUUGUUUCAGUGUUACAUGUUACAUUUUUACACAGCACACUGCUCGUAGUGAACUCUUUCUUUGAGUUGGCUGUCUCGCCUUGCUCUCAUCUUUGUGUCUCUUCAACAAACAACUUGGUUCUAGGCUGGUUUGUGUGUUGUCGUUGGACGUCU